UCGGUGGCAAUCGUCGGUCUUACAGCUGGUGGGAGUUGGCGUCGCGGUGCUGGGCGCUGGAGCCCUAGUUUGUAUAGUUUGGGAAGUCGGGCUGUGGGGUCGCACCUGUCUGUCUGAUCCCUGCUUUCCUUGGUUUCCUCCCACGGCGCAGGGGCCUCGCGAAAGAAUCGCCGGCCCCUUUGGGCCACAGCGGUAGCGGUGCUUUUUGCUGUGAGGAAAGUGAGGCUCAGAGAGAUUAAGUAACUUACCCAAAGUAACACAGCCAGUAUGUAACAGAGCUGGGAUUUGAAUCCAAGUAUGUCAGACUCCAAAGCCCAUGCUCUUUCCAGUACUUCACACUGCAGCGGAUUUUCUUGUAAUCACAUCUUAAAGCCUUCAAGAUGGUACUAGCAGACCUUGGAAGAAAAAUAACAUCAGCAUUACGCUCAUUGAGCAAUGCCACCAUUAUCAAUGAAGAGGUACUAAAUGCUAUGCUAAAAGAAGUAUGUACAGCAUUAUUGGAAGCAGAUGUUAAUAUUAAACUAGUGAAGCAACUAAGAGAAAAUGUUAAGUCUGCUAUUGAUCUUGAAGAGAUGGCAUCUGGUCUUAACAAAAGAAAAAUGAUUCAGCACGCUGUAUUUAAAGAACUUGUGAAGCUUGUAGACCCUGGAGUUAAAGCAUGGACACCCACUAAAGGAAAACAGAAUGUGAUCAUGUUUGUUGGAUUGCAAGGGAGUGGUAAAACAACAACAUGUUCAAAGUUAGCAUAUUAUUACCAGAGGAAAGGUUGGAAGACCUGUUUGAUAUGUGCAGACACAUUCAGAGCAGGAGCUUUUGACCAACUAAAACAGAAUGCUACCAAAGCAAGAAUUCCAUUCUAUGGAAGCUAUACAGAAAUGGAUCCUGUUAUCAUUGCCUCUGAAGGAGUGGAGAAGUUCAAAAAUGAAAAUUUUGAAAUUAUUAUUGUUGAUACAAGUGGCCGCCAUAAACAGGAAGACUCUUUGUUUGAAGAAAUGCUUCAAGUUGCUAAUGCUAUACAACCCGAUAACAUUGUUUAUGUGAUGGAUGCCUCCAUUGGGCAGGCUUGUGAAGCCCAGGCAAAGGCUUUUAAAGAUAAAGUAGAUGUAGCCUCCGUCAUAGUGACAAAACUUGAUGGCCACGCAAAAGGAGGUGGUGCGCUCAGUGCAGUUGCUGCCACAAAAAGUCCAAUUAUUUUCAUUGGUACAGGGGAACACAUAGAUGACUUUGAACCUUUCAAAACACAGCCUUUCAUCAGCAAGCUUCUUGGCAUGGGCGACAUUGAAGGACUGAUAGAUAAAGUCAAUGAGUUGAAGUUGGAUGACAAUGAAGCACUUAUAGAGAAGUUGAAACAUGGUCAGUUUACAUUGCGAGACAUGUAUGAACAAUUUCAAAAUAUCAUGAAAAUGGGCCCCUUCAGUCAGAUCUUGGGGAUGAUCCCUGGUUUUGGAACAGACUUUAUGAGCAAAGGAAAUGAACAGGAGUCAAUGGCAAGGCUAAAGAAAUUAAUGACGAUAAUGGAUAGUAUGAAUGACCAAGAACUUGACAGUACUGAUGGUGCCAAGGUUUUUAGUAAGCAACCUGGAAGAAUCCAAAGAGUAGCAAGAGGAUCAGGUGUGUCAACAAGAGAUGUUCAAGAACUUUUGACACAAUAUACCAAAUUUGCACAGAUGGUAAAAAAGAUGGGAGGUAUCAAAGGACUUUUCAAAGGUGGUGACAUGUCUAAGAAUGUGAGUCAGUCGCAGAUGGCAAAACUGAAUCAACAAAUGGCCAAAAUGAUGGAUCCAAGAGUUCUUCAUCACAUGGGUGGAAUGGCAGGACUUCAGUCAAUGAUGAGGCAGUUUCAACAGGGUGCUGCUGGCAAUAUGAAAGGCAUGAUGGGAUUCAAUAAUAUGUAAAGAAGAUGCCUUAAUAUAAACUGACUCAGUUGAUUACAUUAUUUGCUGAGACCUCAGAGUUUCCCUCCUUUUUGCAAACAGGAAAAAAAAAGUAUUUUUCUUGCCUGUGUUGCCAUUUUUCUUCCUCUUCUCAUCUUUUUUCCCCUCUCCUUUUCUUCUUUUUUCCUUCCUACUUCCCUCCCUCCCUGUGAUACAAGGGAGGAAUAUAUAGUUUUUGUGGAAAUCAUUUUAUUUUUGCUUCGGGUUUUCUUCUGUUAGUUUUCACCAUCAUAAUACUUCUUAAGUUAAACAAAUCAUGAUAUGAAAUUUAGUACUUAAAAGUUUUUAAUUGUCUCAAAGGCCAAGUGUUACAUUUGUAAACAGUCCUGGUCAGUAGUUACAUGAUGUCUCAAUAAAAGUGCUGUAAAAUAAACUUCAAA